GCCGAAAGCUGAAAGCCGAGCAGAUUUUCGCACUAAGCCAAAACCUAAAAGUAUGCACGUUUAAUUUUUUCCAAGCCAAAAGCUAGCCAGAAGUUUCAUUUUUUUGGCUUUUUCAAAGGCUUUUUUGCAGAAUUGAAUUCUCCAAAUUCAGAAGAAACAAAAAAAAUGAAAAAAAAAUUCAUUCAAUUAUAUUUUAAUGCGAUUUAAUGAAAUGAAAAGAAAAUCUAGCAAUAAAUAUUUUCCACUAUCACUAAUUAUGAAAACAAUGUACCUACGUGAUAUAAUUUUUAAUUCCCGGUUUUUUUUUGUAAAUUGAUGGUGUAUCAGCUAAGAGUUGAAAGUCAACAGCUUAAAACCAAAAGUUUAAAGCUAAAAGCUUAAUGAAGUAGGUAUAGCUGAAAGCUGUUAAAUUGAAAAUAUAAGGAAAGUUUGGCUAAAGCGAGCAUUUAAAAAACGAGAUAGCCGAAAGCUGAAGCCAAAAGUUUCAAUUUUGAAAUUUCAAGGUAAAAGCCAUAAGCUGACAUUUGAUUUUAAGACUUUUCAUCCCUGCCAGUCACCGUCUUGAAUUGUUACAUACGAUAGGUGCCUAUAAUUAGGUAUACAUAUGUGUCGCUUAGCAACAGCGGUGUUCUGUUGAUAACAAUUUUUACUCGAACUCGUGUAUCAAAUCAAAAUAAGCGUGCAAUAUCGUAUAGGUAUACAGAAGCUACAUUUUUGUAUUUUCAGUUUUUUGUACGCGAAAAUGGACGAAAAUAUAAUUGCAAUUUUGAAAAAUUUCGGCUGGACUGAAGGAUUUAAAGUUCCCGUAGCUAACGAAGAGAACAAAAUACUGGAAUCGAACGCUGAGAAAAUAUACGAAAAACGAAUGCGAUUGAAAUUCAGCUCGAAGCAAUACGAAGACAGACUGAAUUUAGUGACGUAUUAUUUGAAUAAUGCCGUCGAGGAGAGACGUCAUUACCAGGAGAUACAUUCUGCGUGCAAAGAACAACGUACCGUGGAAACGUCAUUAUGCAAAAGUAUUACCGCUGAAAAACAAGUCGUGAGGGCUGAAAAAAUCAAAAUAUUGAAAAAAAAGAAACAACUUUUCGAAGACCACGCUGGCUUGCAGCUGCGAUACGAAAAACUAAAUGAAAAAGUUGAAGAAAUGAAAAAUUCCUUGGAUUGGGGCAAGGAACUGGAAAGUACGUGGAUCGAGUUUACGAAUAGUGGAAACGAACGUAUCGAUUUGUUGGAAAAAUGGCAACUUAAAAAUAUUUCCAAAUUGGAACAAGUGGAAACUGAACGACUGAAGUUGGUGACUGAAAAAGACGAAUACGAAGUUAUCCUGAGACAGAAAUGUCAAAAUAUACUCGAUGCCGAAUGCUCGUUAAAAAAGUUGACCAAUUUGCAACAAACACUACGAAAGGAAAGAAUCCAUUUGAUAGCUCAAUGGGAACGGCUCGUCCAAGUGAUAACGUCGAGAGACAACGAGAUUACUCGACUUUCAGAAGAAAUGAAUACCAUGACGGAAAUAUCGAUCAAUUUGAAAAAUAAAAUUACGGAGAAGAAACACUUCCUCGACGAACAAAUUCGUAAUAAUAUUCGAAUCAAUAUCGAUAUUCGACGCGAGGAAAUCCAAGUAGCCCAUCAGACGGUGCGCGAACAAAAUUUAAACACGCAAUUGGAACAUCUCGAGUCGAAAAUCAAUGACUGCAGAAUUCGUCUGUUUUCGUUAAAAGUGGAAAUAUUGAAAAAAAGAACUCAUAUCGCUAAUACCAGAGAAAAACUGGCUCGAAAAACAAACACCGUAAGCGAAAUGAGCGCUAAAAAUGACCAAGCCACGAAAACGCAACUUCAGACGAAAGCUCUGUAUCACAGUGUCGAAGAAAGGACCAAAGAACUCGUUCGUGUUUUACAAGAUGAAAAAAUCACAUCGAAUGAACUAUUAUUAAAUUGCAAAAAAUUUGAUGCCCGACUACAAAAUCAAAGGUUUUCAUUAACAGACUGUGAUCAUAACCUCAAAUCGUUUGAUUACGAAAUUAAAGAACUGAGACGUGCGAAAAUCGGACUUGAAAACGACAAUCAACGUUGCAAACAACAAAUCGAAAGGCAAAUGGAUAUUUUUCUUGAUUUGAAACAUCGACUCUCUGAGCUUGCAAAACAUAUGCAGUACGUUAAAGGUGAUAAAAUUAAUCAAUUGGUGAAUGAACAGAAGGAAGAGCUCGCAAAUGUCACGGCAUUUUUCAAUUAUCAUAUGAAAAUCUUCGAUCAAGUUAUUAAUGAUCUCGAAUGCUUUCAGCGUGAGAUAAUGUCGUUGGAAAAAAGUAUGGCCUGCAGCACGGAGCAAAUAAAGGUUCUGCAAAGUGAUAAGGAAAAAUGUAUUUUACAAAUGGAUGGAAAUGAAAAACGGUUGAUUGCGAUGAUCGAGCUGAAUCGACAAAAAUUAGUUUCGGAAAACGUUAGUCGAACCAGGGUGGAUUGCUUGGAAAUUGCUUUGCUCAAAAAUGGCGACAAAAUGUUGGAUUUGCGGAAACAAAAAAUAGAAAUCAAUGUGGUUGUUCGAAAACACAAUUUUGAAAUUCAAGCAGCUUCAAAUAUUUUGAGAAAUAGUAAGAAAUUGACAAAUCAAGAAAUCUCUAGCAUCAAACAUCACAUCGAACAAGUCAGAAGGCGUAUUCAUCAACAAAUGAAAAGGUACGAAAUAAUCGUCGACGGUAUCAAAAAAGAUGAUAGCGGCGUUCCGUUGAACGUGACCAAUUAUAAAAUUCAGAUGACCAAAGAAAGAUGCGCGCUUUUGGAAAAAGGUGACGAACUGGAUGUGUUGGUUCGAAAAGCGGAAAAAGAAAUUCAGGCUAUGGAAAACACGUUGACGUUACUGAAUGUUUCUAAUAACGUUUACAAACGAAACUCUUCAAAUGGCGAUCACAAUGCAAACGAUAUAAUCAAGUACAAAGAUAUGAAACAACAGAAAAUUAGAUUGUCAAAGACUCUUGAAAAAAUUGAACAGAUGGCAGAAAAAACGAGAAAUGAAAUUUCGCAUUACCACUCCGUUUUAUCGAUCGAAUUGUUAUCAAAACUUGGCCAACUCAAGCAUACCAAAGGGAAAAAAGAAACAGAUUACGCGCAAAUAUGUCGCACAGUGAAUGAACAGUCGUGUAAAAUAAACAGAGUCAAAGAUCGAAUCAAAAAAGUUAAAAAAACGUUGAAAAUAAAUCACAUCAAUGCCCAAGUUUUAGAGCGAGAAUUCUUUUCGAGAGAACUGCUCAAGUUGAACAAACGUGUUUUACAACGAAUCACACAAUUGACGAGUCAACAUAACGAACUAGAAACAUCGGUUCAUCAGCAUUUAAUUACCAAAGGAAUAAGUUUACCGUAGGUAAAUUACAAACCGAAUGUAUGUGUAUUGUAAUUGUGUACCUGUUUGCAGAUCCACAAUACACUUUUCAAUUUUCAAACGUCUUUUAGCCGAUUAAAUAUGUAGGUGCGAUACUCGAUACUGCGAUACCCGAGUAAAGUAUAGGUAUAGGUAGGUACCUAGUAUGUGUACCUACUAUCUACAUACAUAUAAUACCUAGCGAAGAACAAUAAAGUGAACAGCAAUUUUAAUACUUAAGCUUUUAAUGCGUUUCGUAAUGAAAUAAUUUUUUUUGCGAAUACGAAUAUACCAAGACUUAGGUACCUACGUAUGUACCAAAAAUGCAUACCAUGUCUGUCCAUCAGAUUAUACCUACACUGCGUACCAGCCUACCGUACCGGGAUGUCUCGAGAUACCAAAUAAACGUAUUCUUUACGUAUAUACUUGUACCUAGGCAUUGUUAUUAAGUAGGUAUCUACCUAAUUACAGCAAUUAUGUAUACUUAGUUUUUAAAACUGCAUUACAGAUUUUAGUUAAA